AUGAGGAGGUAUGGACGGAGGCUCUUGUCCUCCUGGGCAAAUGCGGCGGUGGAGGAGCGGUGGCAGCAGGCGCUGGAGGCUGCGGAUUCAUCCAAGUAUGCCGCGGUGCUGCGGGAGUGUGGCGUCGCCGGGGAUCUGGCGCGCGGCAAGCACGCCCACGCGCACCUCCUCAAGAGCGGCUACUCGGGCGAUGCGCUGCUGGGCAACAUCGCCGUCCAGAUGUACGCGCGGUGCGGCAGCGUCGAGGACGCGGCCGCGGUGUUUGAUUCGUGGGCUUUCUGGAACGCCCACUCGUGGGCGGCGAUGAUCGCAGCAAAUGCCCGGCUGGGGCAUUUCUCCGCGUCGAUUUGCCUCUUCCGGAGCAUGGACCUCGAGGGCGUUCGCGCGAAUCGAUCGGCGAUCCUCGCGCUGCUGGGCGCGUGCUCGAAGGUUGGGGGAGGAUUGGGGUUGCGGUGUGGGCGGGAAGCCCACGUACGGAUGGUGGCCAUGGGGGUCCGAGUGGACGAGCUGGCGGGAAAUAUUUUGAUCGCCAUGUACGGCAAGUGUGGCAGCACGGUGAUGGCGAGGGAGGUUUUCGAUGUUAUGGAGGCUAGGGAUUUGAUUUCUUGGAAUUCUAUGAUCGGGGCUUACGCGCAGAACGGGCAUGGGAGGGAAUCGCUGGCGCUGUUCCACCAGAUGAUCGUUUCCGGACGCCAAGAUCAGGGUUGCGGCAUCCGGGAUGAUCAAGAUCGCGAAUCUGUCGCUCAAGAUUGCUCCAAUCCGCCAGUGAUUCCCAAUGAGAUCACGUAUGUGACCGUGCUUGGGGCUUGUUCGAGCGUCAAGGAUGUGGAAGAGGGAAGAAAGAUUCACGGCAGUGUCUUGCAACGAUUUGGGGGCAAAUUCUCGCAAGAGAUCGGGAACACGCUCGUCCACAUGUAUUGCAAGUGCGGCAGCGCGGAGGAGGCUCGAUCGGUCUUUGAUAAUCUGGUGUGGCGGCACCCGAUUACGUGCUCCACGCUCAUGGGGAUCUACAUCCAGCAGGGAAAUCCGGGCGAGCACGCGCUGUGCUCGUGCUCGGGGCUCCGGGAUCUCGAGCAAGGGAAGAGCAUCCACGACAGGGUCGCGGCGGAUGGAUUCGACACGCAGGUGUUCGUGGGGAACGCUCUCGUCAACAUGUACUCCAAGUGCCGGCGCUUGGAUCUCGCCCGCGCGGCGUUCGAGAGGAUCGAUUCCAAGGACGUGGUGUCGUGGAACAGCAUGAUCGCGGCCCACUCGCAGCUGGGCGGCAGCGACGAGGCGCUGGAGACGUACCGGCGGAUGAUCGGCGAGGAGAGGCUCGAGCCGACCAAGAUCACGCUGGUCCACGCGCUGGGGGCGGCGCUGAGCCUCCGAUCGGCCAGGGACACGAAGCUCCUCCAGGAGGACGCGAUCCGGCUGGGGCUGGAGGGCGAUUUGCUGGUGGGAUCGGCGCUGGUGAGCGCGCUGGGCAAGUGUGGCUGCCUCGAUCAGGCCAGGGCGGUGUUCGAUCGGAUGGAGCGGCGGAAUGUGGUGUCGUGGUCGGGGUUGAUCGCGGCGCUGGCGGAGCACGGGCGAGGCAGGGACGCGAUCGAGCUCUUCCAUCGCAUGGAUCUGGAUGGGAUCCAGCCCAACGAAGUAACGCUGCUGAGCGUGCUGGAGGCUUGCGCGAGCACGGGCGCCAUAGCCGAGGGGCGAAGAACUCACGCCCGGGUCAGCGGUUGCGGGUUCGAGGCCGAGACCAACGUGGCCAACGCGCUGGUCAACAUGUACGGCAAGUGCGGCCACCUGGGCAGCGCCCGUACGGUGUUUGACGCCAUGACGUGGCGGAACGUGGUGUCAUGGACGGCCAUGCUGGCGGGGUAUGCCCACCACGGGCAUACCGAGGAGGCGAGGAGGGUGUUCAAGGCUAUGGCGCUGGAGGGCAUCCAGCCCAACGUAAUCACCUUCGUCAGCGUGCUCUUUAAUUGCAGCCAUGCUGGGGUGGUGAGCGAUGGAUUGGAGCAGUUCCACAUCAUGGUCGGGGACUUUGGGAUAGUUCCUGUGACGGAGCACUAUGGGUGUGUGAUCGAUCUCCUUGGCCGGGCUGGGUGGCUAGAGGAGGCCGAGGAGCUGCUGAGAACGAUGCCGGUGGAGCCAGACAAGGCGGCGUGGAAUAGCUUGCUCGGGGCGUGUAAGGUUCAUUCCCACACGGACAGGGCGAAGAGGAUCGCGAAGCUGGCCUGCGAUCUGGCGCUCCCGUUUGCGUCGGCGCCGUAUGUGUUGCUAUCGAACAUGUACACGGACGAGGAGCAGCAGAGUGAUCCAGAGGAAGAUCAAUGCAGCAGCUUGAUCGAGGUGAAAGGGAGAGUUCACGAGUUUGUGGCCGGGGACUGGAGCCAUCCUCGGAUCGAGGAGAUUGUGGCGGAGCUCCAGAGGUUGCAAGAGGAGAUGAUGAUCUUGAGGGGAUCCUCCUUGUGUGAAGAAGGCGGACAAGAGGGGAGUGUGCAAGAGAACGAGCACAGCUUGAAGCUAGCCAUUGCUUUCGGCGUGCUUGCUUCGCCACAGGGAAGCACUAUCAACGUUGUCAAUACUCGGAGGAUUUGCGUAGAGUGUCACGACGCUGCUAAGGUGAUUUCCAAGAUUGCCGGUCGUAAGAUCGUGGUGAGGGACUCUUACCGGUUUCAUCACAUUGAGCAAGGGGUUUGUUCUUGUGGUGAUUAUUGUUAAAAGAUUUUCUCAAGAAUGUACAUACUAUUUUGAA